AACGUUUACUUGUUGUGACUUAAAAAAACUUCCCGAACUGCCUCCUUUCACCUAGUGUCAGUCCUGAUUCUUCUAGCUUAGGUGUUUGUUUUUCGGCCGAUUUAUGCAAGCAGCUGGUUAAGCAACUGUUUUGACCCUGAGACGUGACACAUUGCAUAACUAAAACACAAAAGGUUAUCAGGAGCCAGCCACCGACUCUACAAGAACAAAGAUGGCAGAUAAAGCUCUCACCAUGGAUGCCGUGAAUCCCAAUAUAAGGGACAUGGAAUAUGCAGUCAGAGGCCCCAUAGUAGCUAGGGCUACUGAGUUAGAAAAGGAGCUAGCCAAAGGUGCCAAUAAGCCUUUCACAUCCGUGAUGAAGGCCAAUAUUGGUGACUGUCACGCUACAGGACAGACACCCAUCACCUUUAUCCGUCAGGUUUUGUCACUGUGUGCCUAUCCGGAUAUGAUGGACACUUGCGGAUUUCCUGAGGAUGUCAAAGAGAGGGCCAAGCGAUUGUUAGGGGGCUGUAAAGGGGGCAGUGUUGGGUCCUACUCGGCCAGUCCAGGUAUAGAUGUAAUUAGAGAGGAUAUUGCUAAAUACAUAUCUGAUAGAGAUGGAAUUCCUAGCAAACCAGAAGAUGUCAUGUUGUGUACAGGGGCUAGUGACGGGAUAAAGACAAUUUUAGCCAUGCUGAUGACCGGGAAAUUGGGGAAGGAGAGAGCUGGUAUCAUGAUUCCUGUCCCCCAGUACCCCCUGUACUCAGCAACUCUCACUGAAUUUAAUGCGUAUCCAAUCCCUUAUUACCUGGAUGAAGAGAAUCACUGGGGACUUGAUGUAAAGGAGUUAAAAAGAGCCAUAAAUGAAGCUAAAUCAAACUGUGUCCCCCGAGCUAUUUGUGUCAUUAAUCCUGGAAAUCCCACUGGACAAGUUCUUACCAGACAAAACAUUGAAGAUGUUAUCAAGUUUGCUAAGCAGGAAAAACUGAUGAUACUAGCUGAUGAGGUAUACCAACAUAAUAUAUGGGGAGAAGGCUGCCAGUUUUUCUCCUUUAAGAAAGUGCUGUCAGAAAUGGGCCCUGAAUACAAUAAAAUGGAGCUGGCCUCUUUCAUGUCUGCAUCUAAAGGAUUUAUGGGGGAGUGCGGUGCUAGAGGAGGAUAUGCAGAGGUGGUCAAUUUACUCCCUGAUGUUAAGGCUUGUCUCAUGAAGUCCAUAUCAGCCAAACUGUGUCCACCAAUUAUAGGACAAAUUGUCAUGGACUGCAUCACUAAUCCUCCAAAAUCAGGAGAGCCCUCUUAUGAAAAAUUCAAACAAGAAAAAGACAAUGUCCUGGCUCUCCUAAAGAAAAAAGCAAGUAUGGUCACAAGUCUGUUUAACUCUAUAGAGGGCAUUAAAUGCAAUGAAGUUCAGGGGGCUAUGUAUGCAUUUCCAAGAAUCUUCCUACCUCCAGCUGCGAUAGAGGAAGCCAAGAAAAGAAACCAGACCCCUGAUGCCUUCUACUGCUUCCAGCUUCUGGAGACUACUGGGAUCUGCGUGGUGCCGGGGAGUGGGUUUGGAGAGAAAGAGGGUACUUACCAUUUCAGGAUCACUAUCCUCCCUAAAAUAGAGGAGAUGACAUCGGCUCUGGAGCGCUUUAAGGAAUUUCACCUGGCUUUCUUAGCACGCUACAAAUCUAACUAGUUCAGGAAUAAGAAGUGAAGCUCUAGAAUAGGAGGAGAAAAGUUGAAUGUGGCUGCAUUUAAAAUAUGAAUAUUGUUUGUUGCUGUAAAUAGUACAUGGCUUUGAGUAAAAUAAUGCUCUUCAGCACAGUAUUUAACCAAUUAUUUUUAUCCUUGAAUUUUAUCUGAUUUCCCUGGAAAUAAUUACUUUGUUACUAUUAUUUUAGUGCAUUUUUAAAAAAAUUUCUUUAUAAAAUUGCUCCAGGAAAGUUUUUAAAUAUUGUUUAUGUUUCAUAAACUGAAUGGAAGUCAAUGAUAACCUUUUCUCUAAUAGAUAUACAUUCUUGUUAGUAUUUCACAGAAAUAUAUUGUAUUACAAUUUAACAUUGAUCACAAGAAUACUUCUACAAAAGUAAACAUGUACUUUUAAAUUUUAUCUUUGUUUAUGUACCUUACCCACAGAGCUUUUGUUUUUAUAUGAAAAUGUCACAGACACUUGAUUCUGUAAUAAAAACGUUAACCCGUAGUAUGGUAUCUACAUGUUAUUAUUAUUUUACCAUAGGUUAUAAUAUUAUUUCGGAAUCAAAGUACCUGUGGAAAAUAUCUAUGUAUGUUUUUUUCAACAUGUUAAGUAUAUGUAUAUGUGGGGAUUGAUGCCCCGCCCACUAGAUGUAGUUUGGUGCUUUUUAUUGUUGUUCCAGCUGAGCUGAGGUUGUUGCUAAAGGUUCAUAAUUCUCCUAGUCACUCCUGUAGAAUUCAUCUUAAUGCUAACACUUUUACAAUAGAACCCCCCUUUUUUUAAGAAUCAAAAUGCAUAUAUGUCAGGUGUUCAAAAUCUAAAACAAUUAUAACUUAAGAUUUACAUGAUGGAGUAUUUUUUCAAAUGUAACCAUGAAACUGAUGUAAAAUAUUUUUUUUUGCAAAUAUUUUUACAUUAAUUAGUUAUAGAAACAGUUAAAAGCGUAUACAGUGUAUUAUGUUUAUUUUUGCCAUUUAAUGCUAUAAAAUGAAAAAAAAAAUAGAAGCAGAGAAAAAAGAAAAGUGACGAAAUGUAACCAUGGUUUACAAGAUCCAAGACAAAAGCAACUGAAUUCAUGUGUAAGUCACAGAGUACAAUUUUUAACUAUUUUAUUGUUGUAAAUGGAAUUUGUGCCAUAUUGUUAAACUGUAUCUUUUUUAAAAAUUUGUCAUAGAGGUAAAUAUGUUUAAGCUUGACAAGUCCCUUUGAUUUUAAAGAAU